AUGUGUGGAAUCUUUGCCUAUAUUGGGAACAGGGAGGCAGCUUCGCUGUUGAUAACUGCGCUGAAGCGCCUGGAAUAUCGCGGAUAUGACUCUGCUGGCAUCGGCAUCCAUGGCGUGCCGCUGAAGGUCCGCAAGAAAGCUGGGAAGGUGUCCAACUUGGAGGAGGAUGUGGCACAUGCUGGCACCCAGGUUUCUGGCACGCUGGGCAUUGCGCACACCAGAUGGGCAACUCACGGCAAGCCUACAGAUUGUAACGCUCACCCCCAAACGACCGCGGAGUCGAGCAUUGCCGUAGUGCACAACGGUGUCAUCGAGAACUAUGCCGCGCUGAAAGAGCAGCUCUCCAGCAAAGGCUACAAGUUCGUGAGUCAAACGGACACCGAGCUUCUCGCUCACCUUGUACAGGACCUCAAGAAGCAGAUGGAGGGGGCAACGUACACAGAGGUCGUCGCUACAGCUCUCCGGCUCUGUGAGGGAGCAUAUGGCGUGGCCUUCAUCUUCGAGGACGAACCAGACUUGAUCAUCGGCGCAAGGAAGGGCUCGCCAUUGAUUCUUGGAGUCGGGCACGGAGAACACAUGCUUGCCAGCGACGCUUCUGCGAUUAUCGAGCAUACAAAGGACGUCGUGUACUUGCGCGAGGGUGAGCUUGUGGAAAUCCGGAGAUCCGGCUUCAAGGUGUCCGAGCUGCAAAAGAUCGUCUCUGGCUUGGGCAAAAACUCUUGGAGUCCUCGCAAGGAUGGAGAGAACCCGAUUGUGAGACUUGAGCUAUCGCUGGAACAAAUCGAGAAGGGUGGUUUCAAGCACUUCAUGCUCAAAGAAAUUAUGGAUCAGCCCAAUGCCAUGCGCAAUGCUCUGCGUGGGCGGAUAUACCAGCCGGUGGACAUGCCUGAGAAAUGGGAAAUCAAGUUGGGAGGCUUGGAGAAGGCAAAAGAGGGCACGUCUUCCGAUGGAACCAGCCCGCUGGAGAGGAUGGCGAACUCCAGCAGACUCAUCUUCGCAGCUUGUGGAACUUCCUGGCAUUCUUCGCUGAUUGCGAAGUACGCUUUUGAGAAGCUGGCUGGAGUGACAGCCGAAGUGGAAUACGCCAGCGAGUUCAGAUACCGCAAGCCGCUGAUUUGCAAGUCGGACUGUCUGAUUGCCAUCUCACAAAGUGGUGAGACGGCAGACACCCUGGAGGCUAUCAAGAUGGCCAAGCAUUAUCAGGCCCUCACCAUUGGAGUUGUCAAUGUUGUCGGCUCCAGCAUUGCCCGUGAGACAGAUGCGGGCAUGUACCUGCAUGCUGGGCCUGAGAUUGGCGUCGCGUCAACGAAGGCUUUCACAUGCCAGGUUGUUGCCCUUCUUUUGAUGGCGCUUCGUUUGGGAAAGCAGCGAGGAGUGUUGUCGGAGACAAUGCUGAACAGCUACUGUGCUGCCUUGAACUCUGUGCCGGAUAGUAUAGAAAGAUGGUUGUCAGCGCUGACCGACCAGACUAGGGUUGUUUCCAAGUAUUUUCGCUUAGCCACGAAUGCAAUCUUCAGUGGAAUGGGCAUCCAUUAUCCAGUCGCUCUGGAAGGUGCCUUGAAACUGAAG